AUGGACAUCCUGACAGGAACCUGCAAGUUCACAGCGGUGCUGCUUCUUCUUGGAGUCACCACUUUGAUGUCUGUCCAAUGCCUGGAUCUUCAUCGUCAUAAAGGAUGUCCACCUGUCACUAAAUUCCCAUCUACGGUGAAAGUCAGCCUAAAUAUGAGUGGACAGGACUCGCUUCUCCUGAGUGGUGAUGUGAGGAAGCGCUCCACCUCUCCAUGGGAGUACAGCUAUGACAAAAACAUUCACCGACAACCUAUGGUUAUUGCCGAGGCCAAGUGUGAACUUUCCGGAUGCAUAGACGCCGAGGGCAAAGUGGACAACAACUUAAAUUCUGUCCCCAUCAGACAAGAGAUCCUGGUCCUUCACCGUGAGAUGAAGGGGUGCGUCCCCGUCUUCACGCUGGAGAAAAAGAUUGUGACCGUGGGCUGCACCUGCGUACGAGCCGUCAUCCAAGAGCAGCAAUAG